AAGUUCUUGGCUCCUGUAUCUGGCCUGCCCCAGCUCUCUGGGCUUCUGUAUGCAUUUGGGAGAUUAAACCAGCAGAUGGAAGUAUUCUGUCACUCAAGCCUUUCAAAUAAAAAUAACCACGUAGAAGAUACAUAUUUUUUUUUAGUUUAGGGGGCGUUUACAGACUAAGGGCUGAAUUUGCUCACUAUCUUAAUUGGUUGCAGUUUGGAGUACUUUUUGUUUAGCACUUUGUCAAAAUUGCCCAGUUAAAGCUUGUGUUUGGGAAAUGAACUGAUAGGUGAUACUUUUUAGAACAAAUGAUGAAAAGUGUUUUGUGAACAUCUUUAUUGAGGGUGCAGUAACACCCUGUGUUUAUCACUAAGGGAGCCUUCCCACAUUGGCAUUGAAGGUAAAGCUGCCUUUGACAGUGGCAUCCGUUAUGGGCACCAGUUGGGAGUACUGGCUGCUCAGCUUCUGAUCCAGCUCCCCGUUAAUGCACCUGGGAGAGCAAUGGGGGAAUGAGUGCUCUGGCCCAUGCACAGUGUGGGAGACCCAGAAGAAGCCCCUUCUUCAGCCAGGAAAGUUGGGGCCAUUUGGGCCUCUAAAAUAAUUGCCUUCCAAGUUGUUGUGUCCCCCCCUCCCCCAAAGAUUUUUAUCUGAGAGGCAGAGGUCUUCCACCUGCAGUCUUACUCCCCAGAUUGCCACAACUGUUGGAGCUGCGCGAUCCUUCAGAAGCCAGGAGCUUCUUCCAGGUACCCAGAUGCAGUUGCGGGGGCCCAGGACUGCGGGUAAUGUGCUGCCCUCCCAGGCCACGGCCGAGACUCCAUGGGUUGCUCUUCCUGCAGGCAGCUGUCUUGCCUAUCAUGCUACAGUGCUGGACCCCAAGUAAAGUUUUAAAAGUAGUUUAGGUCUGUGGUCAAUGGGUGGUAGGUGAACUAUAUUGUGGAUACAUGGCUUCACCUGGGUUGUGGUUCAGUUUUAAUAUCCCUUAAAGUUGAUACUACUGCAGUAUUUGGAAAAAAACAUUUACUCCAUAAAGGUUGUGGAAUCAAGGCAGAACUUGGGGAUUUUUCGAACUGCCUUAAAUUUCCAAGAGGCCUUACCUUGUAUUUCUCUGCGCACUUAGCACAAAUCUGCGUACUAUUUAGAGAUGAAGGAGUCUUUGAAAAGCAACUUGUAAGCCCACAAACAUACUCAUUUAACCAAGGCCAAUGUAAGGUUGGUUGUCCUGAGAUGUGAGCAGUAGAUGUUUUCACUGUUAGUGGCAGCGGGAAAUUAGAAGCAUGUUUUUCGCAAUAAGGGAAAUAGGAACCCAUGCAAAUAACCGAAACAGGUGUUGGAGGGCAAUGAAGAAUUCCGUUAGCCUGACUCCUGCAGGUUGAGGAAGGGUAAAUAUGAUUAAGUUUGUGCGAGGUGAUGGGCUUGGGCGCCGCCAAGAGCAACGUUCCAAGGUUACGGUAGGAACGCUGAACAUUUGUGAACCUUGUGCGCCUGCGCCAUGCAGCCUCGUGCGUCUGCUCGCGGUUUCCCGCCUUUCUUUGCGGCGCGCGGCUUUCCGCCGUCUACGAAGUGGCGCACGGGAUCCCAAACCUUGUUUGUGGGGGAAAUUCGGGAGCAUGUUGAGACGUGAGAGCUCUUCAACCUCGCCUUCCGCCCCUGCGGCUUCUCAGUCGUCGAGAGAGGCUGCCUCCCAGGGUCCCCGCUACAAUUUGGGACUCCAGGAUGCUUCUCAGAGCCGCUCUUCGGGCCAGGCCUUCCCUGCGUCCACCCCGCCAGGCACGUCUGGAGUCGCCGGCGACAGGAGCAGCAGCAACAGCACCUUCCUCUGCCCUCGGAGUGCUGGGCCCGCUCAAGGCAAGGAGUUCUCGGGCGGGCGGGCGUGCUUGCGAGGCCUUCAGCUGCGGCUCAGCUGCGGAGUGCGGGCAGAUGGGGGUGACGUUUACCUCAGAGUUCAGCUGUGGCUUGGUUGGAGGACAGCAGCUGGGUGUCCUGGAAUUUGAUAGGUCUGAGUGGGUAAAACACUUUAAAAUGGUUCUGCGACAGGAUUGAGAUAGUGAAUGACUCGAUCUAGGAAAGCUGAAAUCAAUUCUGUAUACUGUAUGGGGGAUGCAGAUUUGAAAGUUACCAGCACAUUUGGAAUCAAAGGAAGAAUAUGAAGAAGAUACAGUAAAAUAGAGAUUAAAGGAGUAGGAGAAGAACUAAGAAAUGUGCAUAAGGUUCAAGAAAGGGCUUAACUCUUUAAGCCUAGGAUGCUAAUAGAGCACAUUUUGUCUUUUUCCUGCAUCCGUCUUUAUGACUGAACCCCUACACCCUGCCCACAGCUUUGUAAAUACUCUCUUACCAAAUCUUCCUCAAAUUAUCCAAAUAGAGUGUGUCAUUGGUUGCGGCUGGAACCCAUACAGAGAAAUAAAUUAGAUUCCAUGGUGGUUAUGGGAAGACAGGAAUUGUAAGAAAGGGAGAGAUCUGGGCCAGGCCAAACUCUGUCCUGGUCUCCCAGAUGCGUGGUAUGGACCCAAGUUGUUUGGGCCGUUUGCUGCCUUUCCAGGCCCAUUAGCUGGAAGCCAGUCCAAAGCAGAGUAGCCAGGAUUCCAGCUGGCACUCCAAUAUGGAAUGACAGCUUUGGCAGCUGCAACUUAAUCUGCACAACACUGACCUUAAAAGUUUUUUGAGGAAAAUAAGAAUAAUGAGUUUUCAUAGAGCCCAAACAUGUGUCAAGACACUAUGCUAGACUGUUUAUGUAUAUUCUUUGAAAUUAAACAUAUUGGUGUGUAUUUAAAGGAUUUUGCAAGAGUAAUCAGUGAAAUUGAGAUGCAAAAGCCAUAUUAAUGUAUUUUAGUAAAAGAUUAUCAAUGUCAUUAAAUUUGUCAUUUUGUCAUACUUAAAAAAUUAUCAGAUGACAUUUUAUGGUAAGUAACAUGAUAUAAAUAAUAGGAAUUAAUAUAUAAUUGUAUAAUUCUAAUCCAUUAGUAAUUAAUUUUUCAAAUUCAGGUUCAUACUUUGGAAACAAAAAGUCUUAUGUGGAAAAUGCAGUUGCAUCAAAUUUUACUUUUGGUACAAGCUCAUCCUCUGCACCAGAUACUAAGUAUCCUCAAGUACUUAAAACUCCAUUCCCUGCUGGAAAUCAGCAAAGACAGGGGUAUAAAACUUGGACACCGCAAGUAGGAUAUUCAGCUACAUCAUCCUCCGCAGUGUCUGCACAUACCCCAUCAGUUAUUGUAGCUGUUGUAGAAGGGAGAGGACUUGCCAGAGGUGAAAUAGGAAUGGCAAGUAUUGAUUUAAAAAGCCCACAGAUUAUAUUAUCCCAGUUUGCAGACAACACAACAUAUGCAAAGGUGAUCACUAAGCUCAAAAUUUUAUCACCUUUGGAAAUAAUAAUGUCAAAUACUGCUUGUGUUGUGGGGAAUUCAACCAAGUUGUUUACUCUGAUCACAGAAAAUUUCAAGAACGUUAAUUUUACUACUGUCCAAAGGAAAUACUUCAAUGAAACAAAAGGAUUAGAGUAUAUUGAACAGUUUUGCACAGCAGAAUUCAGCACUGUCCUAAUGGAGGUUCAGUCCAAAUAUUACUGUCUUGCAGCUGUUGCAGCUUUGUUAAAAUAUGUUGAAUUUAUUCAAAAUUCAGUUUAUGCACCCAAAUCGCUGAAGAUUUGUUUCCAAGGUAGUGAACAAACAGCAAUGAUAGAUUCAUCAUCAGCCCAAAACCUUGAAUUGCUAGUUAAUAACCAAGACUGUAGGAAUAAUCACACUCUCUUUGGUGUUCUGAAUUAUACUAAGACUCCUGGAGGGAGUAGAAGACUUCGUUCUAAUAUCUUAGAACCUCUAGUUGAUAUUGAAACCAUUAACAUGAGAUUAGAUUGUGUUCAAGAGCUACUUCAAGAUGAGGAACUCUUUUUUGGACUUCAAUCAGUUAUUUCAAGAUUUCUCGAUACAGAGCAGCUUCUUUCUGUUUUAGUACAAAUUCCAAAACAAGACACGGUUAAUGCAGCUGAAUCAAAGAUAACAAAUUUAAUAUACCUAAAACAUACCUUGGAACUUGUGGAUCCUCUAAAGAUUGCUCUGAAGAACUGUAACACACCUUUGUUAAGAGCAUAUUAUGGUUCCUUGGAAGAUAAAAGGUUUGGAAUCAUACUUGAAAAGAUUAAAACAGUAAUUAAUGAUGAUGCAAAACACAUGAAGGGAUGCCUGAAUAUGAGGACUCAGAAGUGCUAUGCAGUGAGGUCUAACAUAAAUGAAUUUCUUGACAUAGCUAGAAGAACAUAUACAGAGAUUGUUGAUGACAUAGCAGGAAUGAUAUCGCAGCUGGCAGAAAAAUAUAAUCUUCCUUUAAGGACAAGUUUUAGUUCUGCUCGAGGAUUUUUCAUCCAGAUGACUGUAGAUUGCACAGCUCUACCCAAUGAUCAACUUCCUUCAGAAUUUAUCAAGAUUUCUAAAGUGAAAAAUUCUUACAGCUUUACAUCAACAGAUUUAAUUAAAAUGAAUGAAAGAUGCCAAGAGUCUUUGCGAGAAAUCUAUCACAUGACUUAUAUGAUAGUAUGCAAACUGUUGAGUGAGAUUUACGAGCAUAUUCAUUGCUUAUAUAAACUGUCUGACACUGUGUCAAUGCUGGAUAUGCUGCUUUCCUUUGCCCAUGCCUGCACUCUUUCUGACUAUGUUCGACCAGAGUUUACUGAUACUUUAGCAAUCAAACAGGGAUGGCAUCCCAUUCUUGAAAAAAUAUCUUUGGAAAAACCUGUUCCUAAUAAUACCUAUAUUACAGAAGGAAGUAAUUUUUUGAUCAUAACUGGACCAAAUAUGAGUGGGAAAUCUACAUAUUUAAAGCAAAUUGCUCUUUCUCAGAUUAUGGCCCAGAUUGGAUCUUAUGUUCCAGCAGAAUAUUCUUCCUUUAGAAUUGCUGAACAAAUCUUUACAAGAAUCAGUACUGAUGAUGAUAUUGAAACAAAUUCAUCAACAUUUAUGAAGGAAAUGAAAGAGAUAGCAUAUAUUUUACAUAACGCUAAUGACAAAUCACUCAUACUAAUUGAUGAACUUGGCAGAAGUACUAAUACAGAAGAAGGUAUUGGUAUAUGUUAUGCUGUGUGUGAAUAUCUGCUGAGCUUAAAGGCAUUUACAAUGUUUGCUACUCAUUUCCUGGAACUAUGCCAUAUAGAUGUCCUGUAUCCUAAUGUAGAAAACAUGCAUUUUGAAGUUCAACAUGUAAAGAAUGCCUCAAGAAAUAAAGAAGCAAUUUUGUAUACCUACAGACUUUCUAAGGGUCUCACGGAAGAAAAAAAUUAUGGCUUAAAAGCUGCAGAAGCAUCAUCACUUCCAUCAUCAAUUAUCCUGGAUGCCAGAGAAAUCACAAGACAAAUUGCAAGACAAAUUUUGGAUUUAUUUAUUUAUUUGAAAGAGUUACACACAGAGAGAAGGAGAGGCAGAGAGAGAGAGCGAGCGAGAGCAAGCGAGCGAGAAAGGGAGAGGUCUUCCAUCCGCUGGUUAACUCCCCAAUUGGCUGCAAUGGCUGAAGCUGCGCUGAUCCAAAGCCAGCAAAACCAAAGGAGUACCCCUGAGAUGGAAAAACAGAGAGCUGUGUACCAUCUAGCCACUAGGCUUAUACAAACUGCUAGAAAUUCUCAAUUGAAUCCAGAGAGUUUACGAACAUAUUUACUUAAUCUGAGGAAGAAAUAUGAAGAAGAUUUUCUCACGCCUAACCAAGUUCCAGAAAAUACUGAAGAAUAACAAGAAUUCAUGUCUUAUAUUAGAAGAACUAAUAUAUCUUAAUAUGAGGAACCUAGAAUUACCUUUUCUCCUUAUAGCAAAAUCUGCUGUUUAUAUUUUAAUUGAAAAUUACACUAUAUUAACCUCAGAAUCAGCUAAAUAAUUUAAGCUUCUGGCAGUUAAUUAGAAGACACUCAGAAGGAAAAGAGAAUGACAGAUUGUGAGGGCAGGAAGAAAAAGAGAGGGGACAAUAAAAGGCAGAAAGUGAGGUAGCAGUGGAAGAAAAGGAAGAAGAAGCAGGUGCAAAGUAUCAAACAUGCUGAAUAUCAUUUACUCAAAUGCAUUGAAUUCCUUUAGAUUUACCCUCAAUAUAAGAUUCUCCCAGAUUUUAAAGAAAUGUUUUAUCAAUUAAAAUUUUUGGUAUAAAAACUGCAAUCAGCUGAUUAAUACUUUUUGUUUUGGGUUUCAGAUACUGAAAUAAAAAUAUCUUAAAAUUAAA